AUCACAUUCGUGUGGCAUGCGGUACAUAAUGUUUGCCGUGCUCAUCUAUGGAUGUCUGUUGCUUCAUGCCUCGGCCAGCGAGGCGAAGGCGACAGCCCUGCCCAUGAUGACAACGACGACGGCGCCAAUUUCAAUUCCAAUAGCCUUAAAUUUAAGUGAACAGCGCGCCCAAAAACGCGAUGUUGCCCAUGUGCCUGAUGAUGACUAUGACGCCAGUUAUCCCGAUGAUAUCGAUGACCUUGAGGACUUGAUAAAUAAUAAGUCAGCUAAAGGAAAAUACAUUGGAGCGCCCUGCAAUGAUAUGAAAUGUGAUGCCAAUUUGUUGCACGUGCGCUGCGAUAAGGAGACGCUUACUUGCAGCUGCGAGAAGAAUUAUCCCGUGCAGCUUGGACUGAUAAAGGGUUGCGACAAACCGAAGAAGCUUGGAGAGCAGUGUUUCUAUCAUGAGACCUGCAUCUACUCAGACGAGAACUCCCUAUGUGUUCAGGUGCGACACAAUGCGAUGUGUCAGUGUGCAAAUGGUUUCCAUUCGGUGAGCUACUCAAAGCCAACAAGGCGUGUGUUCUGCACGCAAGAUCUCAGUGAAAUGGGCUCGGAUUUGCCUACUCUCCUGGGCGUCUCGACGGGCAUUGCGGUGCUGGCGGGCCUCAUCUGUAUGGUGCUGCAUCUGUUUAGCAAAACGAAGUAUCCGCGACACAGGAAUUUCGCAGAUGCCAACAUACCACCGCCCAUACUCUACUCCAGUGAUACAGGUAUACCUCUGACCGUGCACUCGGGUCGUCCAUCGUCGCGCUCCAGCAUACGGUCGACGGGAUCGAUCGGCUCCUAUGGCAAUCGACGUGCCUCGGCCGGCGGGCUAACUGGUGGCGGUGUUAGCAAUGCCGGCGGCGGCGGCGGCGGUGCCAGCGGCUCAAAGGGCAUACUGGUGUCCACGUCACGUACAGGUUCUCGAAGACCAAGUCUAGCGUCUGUCCACAGCACAAGCUCCUCGGUGCGCAGCUACAGCAUGAUGCGCUUCGAGAAGGAGGUGCAGCAGAAGGAGAUACGGCAGGAGAUGAAGUUGCGUCUGGCGCGGCUGCAGCAACAACAGCACUUGACCCAGAACAAGCCUCAAAUAGUAAUAGGGGAGGCACUGCUUCAGCAUGGGGCACUCAGUCGCGUCACUAUGGCCACGCCCAGUCCCCUGACGCCCAACUCCUUGGACGAGCUGUUGCCAUCGUUGGAUGAGAACCAGGAGUAUCCGCCUAGGCUGGAGACAACAUUCAAGCAGCUAGUACAGCCCCAGGUGCUGCGCAACAUAACCACAACCCCAAGUCCAAAAGCCAGUCGCACAAGGAGUGCACCAAUGGCCGAACACGCGCAGGACCCUAAUGCCAAUGGAUAUAAUGGUCCUUGCAGCUCAUCGACUGAGGCACUCUAAAAAUGGUCUUAAACAGUAGCUUAUAUAUAGUAUAUAGUACAAGUAGUAGACUUUAUUUAUUACAUAAAAUUAGUUAAAUUAUAAUUAGCUACAAUAAUUA